AUCAGGAAGUGCUGUCUUGAGUUGAGUGCUAGUCGGCGGAAUUGGCUGUUUGAUGUGAGGAUGUGUGUGUGUGCAGAAGAGUGUGUGUGUGUCGAUGUGAACUAAGGAUCUGAUGACUUUGGUCUGCUGACGGCCCCUGAACACCCCGAAUGGGCCCCGACACACAAGAGCAUCAUGGGCUCCAGGAUAAAAGAAAACCCUGAUAAAACGUUCUACUGGUGCUUUCAAGCCUCAUGUCCAAUCGCCAGAGAUAAAGAUCCUGGUGUGCUGUUUCAGUUCCCUGAAGACUUUAAUGAUGAGGAGUCUCUGCAGUCCUUGCCUCGCUUCUGCUUCCCUUAUGACAUAGAGAGGGCGAAGGACACGGUUGCCGUGCAGCACUUCGCAUUCGUCUUGACGGAUCUGGAGGGAUGCCAGCGCUUCGGUUUCUGCAGACUCACGUCCAGCUCUCAGACCUGCUUCUGCAUCCUCAGUCAUUUGCCAUGGUUUGAGGUCUUCUACAAACUCCUGAAUAACCUAGCGGACUACUCGACGAAAGGACAGACCAACGAGAUGAAAGAGCUGCUCUCGGUUCUCUACAAGCAACCCGUCCCGCCGGCGAACGGCUCCAUCACGCUGCAGAUGGGAGGGAAGCUAGUGAUCGGAAGCAAGAUGCCUGGCAUCUGUGGACACGCCCCUAAAGGGGAGGAGUCAGAGGGGAUCCCGUACUUUAUCGCGCCGGAUCCCAAAGCCUUGCCCUCAAUUCCAGAGAGUAGGAACCUGACGGAGCUGGUGGUGGCGGUGGACGUGGGCAAUCUCCUCCAGCUCUACGCCAGCAUGUUGUUCGAGAGACGGAUCCUCAUUUACUGCAGUAAACUCAGCACGCUCACGGCCUGCGUACACGCGUGUAACGGGAUGCUCUUCCCCAUGUACUGGCAGCACAUCUUCAUUCCAGUGCUGCCACCUCAUCUGCUGGACUACUGCUGCGCACCGAUGCCGUACCUCAUUGGAAUCCACUCCAGCCUGGCGGAGAGAGUCAAGAGUCGAGCUCUGGAGGACGUGGUCAUACUAAACGUUGACACCAACACGCUGGAGUCGCCCCACGAGGACCUGAAGAAGAUCCCGGCCGACGUGGUGGCGGGACUGAAGGUCAGGCUGAAGAGACAGGCGGCGUCGGCGGGGUCAGGGGUCGCGCACGCGUUCCUCCGCGCGCAGGCUCUGCUGUUCGGCGGAUACAGAGAUGCCUUACAGUCGCCGGCCGAAGGGCCGGUUGUGUUCUGCAACGAGUCGUUUCUGAGUCAUAAGUCUCAAAGCAUGCGCGAGUUUUUGGAGAGCGCGGUUCACCUGCAGUGUUUUAAAGAGUUUAUUGACGGCCGGCUGGAAAUGCUGAACCAGGGCAAAGAGCCGGAGGAUGCGUUUGAGGAAGAGGUGCUUCAGUGCGGAGCUUCGUCAGGCGCCUCUAAACUGCGUCGGCAGUGGGUGGGGAAUUUAAAGAAAGGGGGAGGAGCGCUGAUCGUGACGUGGAAGUCUACGGCUAACAAAGCAAGCAAAUAUCAAAGCAAAUUUGGGCUGAAAAACCUCCUGUCAUCAAAGGAUCAGACAGAAUCCCACAUGCUACAGCGGGGCGGGUCUGUGUGUGGGACGCACACGUAUCGCCUCAUCCAAUCAGAUUGCCUUCAGAACCGUCUACCAAUCACACAGCACUUUGGCAGGUCUCGACCACGAAGGCCGGCACGCAAACACCCCAGCAAACAGGACACAGAGGAACAGACAGAGGACGACGACACCUAUGAGGACAGUGUAACAGAAAGUGCUGAGCAGUGUUCUGGCACCAGCGACUUACAGGACGAGGAUGAGCUCUCCCUCUUGGCUGACCCGGAGGAGAUGGACCUGCUCGGGGAGAUCUUCGACACCCUGAGCGCUCAGAGCUCCAGAGAGCCGGGUUUACUGUACGGCACGCGCAGUCUCGACCUCUUCAGCUCCGACAGCAGCGACUUCAUCAGACAUAAGAGUUGCACCACACCAAGUCAGGAGAGUCUGAGCCAGUCUUUUGGAAACAGCGGAAGUCUUAUGAGCUGGGAGGAGGAGGAGCCUGGCGGCAAGAGGGAGGAGUCUGAUGCCAUGAUUGACAGGCCGGAAAAUGAGCUAAACGUAUUAGAGAAGGACUUAAACGUGUUAGGGGAAAGUCUGUGUUCAGACCUACAAAGUUUAGAAGAUACUUCUCUGGUUCCUGAAGUGGUUUCUCAAGAGGUGCAAGAGGAUCAAUGUUUGCAAAAAGAUGGACAAAUGAAUGGAACAAUGGAGGAAAGCUUGGAUACCGAGACAAUAGUUGAAGAGAAAACAGAGACAAUGGAGGAAAGCUUGGAUACCGAGACAAUAGUUGAAGAGAAAACAGAGACAAUGGAGGAAAGCUUGGAUACCGAGACAAUAGUUGAAGAGAAAACAAAGACAAUGGAGGAAAGCUUGCAUACCGAGACAAUAGUUGAAGGGAGGACAGAGACACAACCUGACAAAGAAGAGGAACAUCAGAAAGAGCACAAGACGACCAAUGACUUGGGGUCAAAUGGACCUGCAAAUGGAGGAAUCCCCUCCGCUGUCGUCCUCAACGUAGAGAUAGACAAAGAAGAAGAGCCAGAGGAGAAAAGUGUUGAACCUUCGUCACCGAAAGUCUCGUCUACCGUAGCUCUGUUACGGUCUAGGUCCUUGACUGACUCCUCUGCUUCCCAAGGAAGGGAAAUCUCCAUGAAAACUCCCAUCAGAACCUUCAAAAUCAAUGUGGGGUCAAAAACAGGUGUGCAGACUGAAGAACAAAGUACAAAAUCACCCGUUACAUCGACUCCAGAAGAGCAAGACCCGGCUCCCAUUAAGGUCUCCGAGCUGAAGAAGCGAUUCGAACAUUAGAGCAUCAUAAAUCAAGUGUAUCGGAGUAAAA